AAAUUGUGAGGACCUUACCAUUAUUAAAAAAUAGAUCACGAGCAAUAAAAUUAAAGACCUGUUCUGUUAAACAAAUAGAAAAAGUUGUAUUAACGAAUACUUGUGCGUUUGAUAUAAUUGCGUCUAUAUUUUUGGUUGCUUAUAGCGAUAGUUAAUAAUAUUCUAAUAAAAUUGAUAUAAUUUUGAUUUCUUCUACUUUUUUUUAGUUUUAUCGCUAAGAUACUAAAAUAUAGCAUUACAGCAUCAACAUAUUCGCAAAGGGCUGAUAUUAUAAUAAACACUCUACAACCAAAUGUAAAAGAAUUGGACAAUCUAAAAUUAGUAGUUUGUGAUUCGACGGCAUCAAAAAUAUUUAAUACAUUGUUUGGCCAAUUCCCUUCUAUUAUUGAAAAUAUUGCAUGUUUAAACGUAACAUGUAAAAGCAAUAUAACUAUUUCUAUGAUAUACUUAACGUAUAAUACAUAUGGAGAUUUGAGUGAUCUUCCCAAAUUCAUACAAGGAAGAGUAAUGAGAGAAAGUUCGGUGUGUGGCUCCGUAGAAGGAAAUUAUUCUUGUCAAAAGACAAAAAUAAUAACCACUUCUAUAUCAAAUAAACACAUUAUAGUGGAAUUAAUCAAAUGGGAAGGUGAUGAUAUCAAUUACAGUAUGCAGACCAGUCCUCAGUUUAAUAUAAAACUUGAAGACAUACCACAAAUAAUCGUAUGUUCAAAUGAAACAAUGGAAUUGAGAGGUAUUGGCUGUUAUCGGCCUGGACUCAGCUGUCUAAGGAUGGCAGUUGGCCAUUACUGUGCCGUUUGUAAAAGAGGGAACAGUUGGGAGUUGUUUGAUGACAUGAAAAAACAUUCAACUCAAAUGAAGUCUACAACAAUAGUUCUGUGUGAAUACUUGGUAUACACAAUUUGA